AUGCAUAGUUAUGAAGCUCUCCCGCCAGAAUAUUCCCUUGGCCGUAAUAUGUUGGCCGGUGCCCUCGCUGGCAUUGCGGAGCACUCUGUCAUGUAUCCAGUGGACUUGCUUAAGACUCGAAUGCAAGUCCUAAAUCCGUCUGCUGGUGGGCUGUAUACGGGUUUGAGCAAUGCUGUUACAACGAUAUCUCGGAUUGAGGGCUGGAGGACUCUAUGGAGGGGUGUGUCGAGCGUGAUUGUUGGUGCUGGUCCCGCCCAUGCUGUUUAUUUCGGUACAUAUGAAAUAGUUAAGGAAAUCGCCGGUGGUAACAUUGGAAGUGGUCACCAUCCAUUCGCAGCAGGAUUGAGCGGAGCAUGUGCCACCAUCUCCAGCGAUGCCCUUAUGAAUCCCUUUGACGUGAUCAAACAACGCAUGCAGGUCCACGGCUCCACACAUAGAACCAUGAUCCAAUGCGCACGAACCGUCUACCGCACCGAAGGCCUUCGAGCGUUCUACGUCUCCUAUCCCACAACAUUAUGCAUGACCAUCCCCUUCACGGCCACACAAUUCAUCGCCUACGAAUCCAUAUCGAAAGUGAUGAAUCCAUCAAAGGCGUACGAUCCAUUCACCCACUGUAUCGCUGGUGGGUUGGCUGGCGCUGUGGCAGCUGCCAUCACCACACCUCUUGACGUGAUCAAGACUGUACUGCAGACCCGUGGUCUUGCGGAGGAUUCUGAGGCCCGCUCUGCUCGUGGCUUGUUCAAUGCUGCUGGCAUUAUCAAGCGGCAGUAUGGCUGGUCCGGAUUCCUCCGUGGAAUGCGGCCGAGGAUUAUCGCAACCAUGCCCAGUACUGCUAUCUGUUGGACUUCAUAUGAAAUGGCGAAAGCAUACUUCAAGCGACAGGGCGUAUCUGAAUCUCCUCUCUCGUGA